AUGGGUAAGUGUAGCUACGCUAUAAUUUAAGCAUUUAAUAUCUUAAUUUAAAUACUUAUGAAAAUGUGAAAUUAUUUUAGAUGAUGGAAAAGAGAAUUUUGUACUUUGUUCUAAUGAUUCUAAAAAUUAUAUAAAAAAGUUACAUGAAAUUUGCAAGUGGGAUCAACUUAAUAAUGUAGCCAUAGAAUAUCAUGAUUUAAAAGAGACUAUUUAUAUUGAUUACAGAGAACUUUUUUUUACACAAAGUUUAAUUUCUGAUUAUUUAAGAAGCAUCAAACGUGUCGAAUUUAUUGGCAUAAAUUUUGAUAUUCCGGAGUUCUGUGUUAUUUCUAUAAUACUUGGAAUCUUGAAUAGCGGACAUAGUUUUGUAAAUAUACCUAUUGAUUCAAUAGAAUUAAUAAAUUUAAAGAAUCAUUUAAAUCUACAUUAUUUAUUUUCUAAACAAAUAAAUGUCGAAGAAGAUAUUGUACAUCAAUUUAAAAUACAUAAAGAAUGUAUUUAUCUCAUCAAAGUUAAAGAUGUCCAAAAACAAAACACACAAAAAGUAAAACAAAAUUAUUAUGCUUAUGCAAUUUCUACAUCUGGUUCAACAGGAACUCCUAAAGUAGUUAGAGUGCUCCAUUCAUGUAUAGUUCCUAAUAUUUUAGAUUUGAGCAAAGUGCUGACAAUAACAAACUGUGAUAAAAUUUUUCAGUUUACAAAUUUUACAUUUGAUCCUAGUAUUGUUGAAAUUUUUCUUGCACUUUCAAAUGCUGCAACGCUAUUCAUGGUAUCAAAACUAUUGAAAAAUAACCCAUAUAGACUUUUGAAAGAAGCUUAUUCUAACCAAAUUACCAUAAUGCAAGUAACUCCAUCAAUUUUUAUGUACAGUUGGACAGCCGAAUCUUUGAAAACUAGUAUUUUAAGUAAUAAUUCUUUAUUAAGAGCUAUUCUUUUUGGUGGAGAACCUUUCCCUAAAUUAGAAUUACUUUCUGAAGCCAAGCAUCCUUGUAAUAAUACAAAAAUUUAUAACAUCUAUGGUAUUACUGAAAUAUCUUGUUGGGCUAGUAUUAACGAAAUUGUAAUAACAAAUAAACAAUUUAAUGAACAUUACUUGGGUCAAGUAUUGUCACAUACUAUAUUUGAAGUUAGAAAUGAAAGAGAAGAAGUAAUAACAAAUGGUACAGGCUCUCUCUAUAUAGAUCAUGAGCAAAGUUAUUGCACAUUACAUUCUUUGGCAGGAAGCAAUCAGAGAAUAUGUCUGAUCAAUGAUGAAAAUAUUGAAGAUUUAGAAUUACCAGUAUUUCGUGAUUCUGGUGAUAUAGUUAAUAUUGAUGAAGAGGGAAAGAUAUUUUACAAAGGAAGAAGAAAUAGCUUUAUUAAAAGAUUUGGGAAUAAAGUAGAUUUGAUAAAACUUAAAGAACUUGUAUUGCAAAUAGAUUUUGUGAAGAAUUGUUAUGUAAUGUGGGAUGAUAAUCGCCAUCAUUUACAUUUAUAUUUUUCUACUAAGGAGAAUGUCACAAAUCAUAAUGUAAAUACUGAUAUAGUGAAAUAUGUACAUGAACUAGAUCCUUUAUACAGACCAGAUAAAAUUCAUUUUGUAGAGGAUGUUAAAUUUACAUCUAAUGGAAAAAUUUCCUUAGAAUUUUUAAAAAAGCAUUACAUACAACAAACUGUAACACAUGAAAUGUUAAAAAACAUUAAUUUUGAACAAAUUGAAAUUAUUUUUAAAUCAAUUUGGAAAAACAAUUUAAAACAUGAAAAUAAUGGAUUUGUAAAACUAGGUGGCACAUCUAUAACAGCAUUUCAGAUAUCAAAUACCAUAUCCGAAAUAUUAAAUAUAGAAUUUCCUGAAUUAAUUAGCAUGCUUUUAAUGGAUGCAACUAUUGAUAAAUGUCUUUGUUAUAUAAGAAGCACUGUAUUGUGUAAUAGUGACCAAAACAGGAUGACUAAUCUUAAUUUCCAUUCUAAUAGUAUUAAAGAAGUUCCUUUGAUUACUAAUAUUUCUACUAUUAAUGUCGAAAGCAAGAAAUCUAAUAAUGAAAAAAAGAUUUUUGACUCAAUGAUGCAAAUAAAUGAUAUUCAUACAUGCCAAUGGUACAAGUGUAGAGGAAAAAUAUAUAAAAGUGUCCAAGAUAUUAAUAUUGAACAGAAGUUACAAUAUAACGCAAUUUCGAAAGUUGAAGUAUUGAAAACGUAUGAUUUGAAAAAAUGCGUAGACGCAUCGCCAACUGUAUUCCGUUAUUCGGAUGGAAAAACAUAUGCAACUGUUGGUUCUCAUUCUGGCUUUAUUUUUACCUUUGGAUUAGAAAAGGAGUGUUGUAGCUCUGCAUUUAAAAUUAAACUACCUGACAGAGUUGAAGCCUCAAUUUUGGUUUUGGAUGAUUUCAGAGGUAUAGUGGGACGGAUCAGAAGUUUGGAAAUCUAAAUUCGGUAAUGGAAGCAUUGGCGCUUCCGGUUGUUUACACGUUUCGUCGAAUAGUGUGUUGUUUGGAACAUUGGAUGGACUUUGUCUAGCACUGGAACAAUCGUCAGGGAAACUUUUGUGGAAACAUAAAUUGUCAGAUCCAAUUUUUGUUGCUCCUUUGUCAUUAAAUAAUGGACUUGUUUUAUUUUGUUCUGUAACAGGACUGUUGCAUUGCUUUGAUGUCGAAGUUAAUGUCAAGAUGUGGUCAUACAAAAUCAAUGGCAAUGUAUUUUCAUAUAUUGUGAAGCAAAGUGAUGCCUCUGUAAAAUAUGAAACCAUCAUUGUAGCUAGUCAGAAUAAAAGUGUGUAUUGUUUAGAAUCAGAAGAUACAAAUUUUAAAACUAAACCCAGAUUGAAAUACGUAUUAAAUUUUCAUUCACCAAUUUUCGCUACUCCCUGGUGUGAAAACGAUUCUCUAUUCAUAGCAUGUACAGAUGGUACUUUAAAUAUUUAUAAUUCAGCAAAAAAUAGAUUGAUAAAAACUGAAAAACUUUCUGGGGAAGUCUUUUCGUCACCAGUUGUUGAUAAUGAUAUCAUAAUCAUUGGAUGUAGAGAUAAUAAUGUCUAUGUCUUAAAACUUAUGUAAAUUAUUCUUGGUAAGUAAAUGUGUUAAGCAUUCUUUGUAUCAUGAAAUAGACAGGAAUACAAAUUAAUAUGAAAUUAAUAUAGCAUGAUUUAUUUUUUUUUUUAUGACUGUCACAUUACAGUUACGUGAAUAACGUUUCAGAUAAAGUAAUAGGGAAUCACGUACCUUUUUUUUUCAUUGACUUUCAUAUAUAAUACGAAUUCGCGGUGCGCUUACAGUUUGAAGCGAAAUGCAAGCAAAAUAAAGGAUUCUAAGAGAUUCUAAGAGAGCCAAUCACUCAUUAACAAAACAUUCACCCAUAUGCAAGUGCACACGUAUAGUAACUUCAGAAAUGAUGUACAUCUAUGCAUACUUGUCUCUUUCAAAUUUACCAAUUUGUUUUUCUAUCAAUAAUGAUUAUCUUACAAAAUAUCAAACAAAAAAAUAUUUCAGCUUAAAUUCACAUAAAAUAACAACGUUUCAACGAUUCCGCAUUUUUUCUAUAAUCGCACUCUACUUUGAGAAUGUUUAUAUAACAUAUAUAUUUAUAUUACGUUUAACUGGUUGGCCGUACUUUUUUCCGCUCCAAUAUUUUGACAUAAAUUCUUUGCAAUCUUCCCAGUUAUAGGCAAUUUCUUGGAAGUGCUUCAAUUUAUACGUAUGUACUUCGUAUUUCUUAAUGUAUGUGUUUGAAAUUUGAAUUAAUAUCAUAACUAAAUGUGCAGAUUUAUGACAUAUUUUCUAAUGCUAUACCGCGCCAUGCUAUUUAUAUAAUUACGUGUAGAACUCACUUUUUUUAAAUUACUCUUAUUUUGUAUCUCGUGUUACAACUACUGCAAUUAGCAACAUAACUAUAGGAUUCUUUAACAUUUACAAUUUCAAUAAACAGAUAUUUUAAUUUGAUAGUUAAAAUAUGAUACAUUUAUAAGAUCGUGAUAAUCGACACUGUCAUGUUCAAUUCAAAUUACAUGUCAGUGACGAAUACAUGGAUACACUUAAAUCGUAUAAUAAAUUGCAUUUUAUAAUUUGUUCAGAAUUUAUCGACAAAUAUCCAGACGACGAAUAUUACACGUUCUAAUAUCAAUGUUUGUUUUUGUGAAAAUGGUCGUACUACUCGUGUACUUUGGACAUAAUGUAAAAAGGGCAGUUUGUAGAAUUGGAUUGAGACAAAUUUGAAAAAUAAAUUUUGAAUAACGUUUGGGCUUGUUGUUGAAAUUCUCCAUUAAAGAGAAUCUAGGAUUAGGCAUAAGUCUACUUAGCAGAUUGAAUCUGCUUUGAGACUUUGACAAAUACCGACGUUAUCGGUACGUAUGCGCACGUUAAAUCUUGUUGUUCGCUUGUUUUCUUUUUUUUUUUUUUCAAUUCAGCAUUAG